GCCGCCUAACUAGCUUUUGAGCAAGUCCGACCAUUUGCUGCAAAUCGGUAAAAUAUGAAGGGUAUUAUGGUCAAAUGAUGGAGAAUUAGUAUAUAAACCGCCUAACUAGCGCUUCCCCGGCAGAAUCCCCAAUUUCGCCCGUCGCUUACAAAACAAAACCAUGAUCAACCGAUCCAAGGCCGAGGCCAAGGCCAGGUUCAAGGCUAAGGCCAAGUCGAAGUCCCUAGCCGGACGAGGAUCCGGAUCCUGGCAGGGGAAGAUUCCAGGCCAACCGACGAAGCCCGGAGAUGGCCCUCCUACUCAACUCAAAAAUCAAAAGGCUGUUGAAAAGAAUCUGGCUAAAGUCCAGCUUGACAAGGAGAAUUCUACUACUCCAAAACCAAAACCAGAAAAGAGAAAGAGCAGAAUGGGUAGAACUUUCCUAUUCACAGACCCUUGUCGAAUUUGCAAUGUGUUUGGGCACUGGACUGAUUUAUGCCCCUACCUGAAAUUUGUCCCAUACAACGUAACUAAGGUUGGCAAGGGCUAUGAAAUACAUGACGGCCGCCAUGGGAGGUAUGCUGCUCCGAUUUAUUGUCUUAACUGUAUGGAGCCGGUUGAACACGAGGCUGGAAAGUGCCCGCACGACACUGAUGCAUGGCAAUAAUCCAGGGCCGUCAUGGUUCGCCUCCUUCCACCCCAUAAUCUUGCUGAUGGCGAGGAAGGUGUUGGAUUAUCUAGUCUUGGGCUGUUGCUUUCUUCUUUACUUGCUUUGAGUUUCAGCACUCUGUAGUCUGUGUAAUAUGUCUUUGAGUAAGCUUACCCUCCCCGUCCGUUGUCACUGAUGGCUGGCGGAUAGAUACUGUAUUUGGGUUUGGUUUGCUUGUACUGGUCUUGAAUACAAAAGAAAACUGUUAGAUCCUGUGAGAGACCAAUUGAUCCAACUGUUUUU